AUGUCUCAACUCCUUACCUAUCUCCCCCAAUACGAGGGCAUCUUGCCCAAAUGGCUCGUCUUCGUCUCGGUAGUCUCCGCUCUUAACAGCGUGCAAGCCUAUGUCUCGCCAGAAUACACUUCCCAACUCUACAGCAAUGGCAAAGUCCCCGCAAGCCCGCUUUCCGGCCGCGUCUUCGGAACCUGGACCUUCCUCUCUGCGGUCAUUCGCAUGACUGCCGCUUACAACAUGGACAACCCUGUCGCAUACGACCUUGCCAUGUGGACCUACGCCAUUGCGCUGACACACUUCGUUGGCGAGCUCAUCUUCGGCAAUGCCUCGCUCAAGGGCCGCUUUGUGAGCCCCCUGAUUGUUGCCUCAUGCUCGAUCGCUAUGAUGUUCAACCAGCGUGACGCGUACUUGGGUUAA